AUGAAGUCCAUCUACUCGCUUUUGCUGAGCGCUGCCCUCACGGCGGCUUCUCCGCACCCCGCAUUUCCACAAUCACCUUUGGGUGUGCCAACAACAUCGUCACCAUCAACAGGGACGUUCAAUUCCGCUGAGGAAGUGAUCAAUGCCUCGCCCUUCCUAUCUUUCCACAGAGAUAUUGUGCAGAUUGAAUCUAUCUCUAGCAACGAGCACAAUGUCGGGGAGUUCAUCGCCGAUUUUCUCCGCGCCCGCAACUUCACCGUCAUAAAGCAGGUAGUAAUUUCGUCUUCCCAAACGGAAAACCAAGAGCGCUUCAACAUCUUUGCCUACCCAUCUUCCAAUACCCCGGAAGUUCUCAUUACCAGCCACAUUGACACUGUCCCACCGUUUAUCCCGUACUCCUUGGACACCGACUCGACAACGGACAAUGACCCGUCUACGAUCCGCAUCUCCGGUCGCGGCUCCGUCGACGCCAAAGGCAGCGUCGCAGCCCAAGUCUUCGCUGCUCUUGACGUCCUUGAACAAAAUCCCAGUGCACCCUUGGGACUACUAUUUGUUGUCGGCGAAGAAACCGGCGGAGAUGGCAUGAGAGCAUUCUCGGAGUCUCCACUCAACCCAGCUCCCUCCUCCUUCCACACUGUCAUCUUCGGUGAACCCACCGAGCUCGCCCUCGUCUCCGGCCACAAGGGCAUGCUGGGCUUCGAAAUAGUCGCCAACGGCCACGCUGCCCACUCCGGAUACCCCUGGCUCGGACACAGUGCCAUCUCCGCCGUCCUCCCGGCCCUCUCCCGCGUCGACCAGCUGGGCAACAUCCCCGCCGACAAGGGCGGUCUCCCUUCCAGCCCGAAGUACGGCAACACAACCGUCAACAUCGGCAGAGUCAAUGCCGGCGUUGCUGCCAACGUCGUCCCUGCCACUGCCCGCGCUGACGUCGCCGUGCGUCUAGCCGCGGGCACCCCUGAUGAGGCACGGGAUAUCGUCGGACGGGCCGUGCGCGAUGCCACGGAUGGUAACCCCGAUGUGUAUGCGGAUUUCAGCACCCGCACCGAAGGAUACCCCCCUCAGGACCUGGAUACGGACGUCGAAGGAUUCAACGUCACGACGGUAAACUACGGCACGGAUGUGCCGAACCUGCAGAUCCACGAGCGUGAGGACGGCCCCGUCCGUCGCUACCUGUAUGGCCCCGGCAGUAUCCAUGUUGCGCAUGGUGAUAAUGAAGCUAUAACUGUUGGGGAUCUGCAGGAGGCUGUUCGCGGAUAUCGGAAGUUGAUCGAGGCGGCUUUGCAGCGUCAAUAG